CUGCUUAUCUGAAAACGGAAAGGAACUUUUCUGUACAGCCGUGUGCCAUCAGACUAGUAGGUGACUUAAGCCGUGCAUAGGCCUUAAAAGCUCUUCUCCAGCUUCAAGACAAAAAGUCGUCGUGUUCCUGUAAGUGUCGGUCUGCUGUUCUCGUGAGGUCAGGGGAUUAAUGGAGUCCAACGUAACACCGGAAAACAAAAACCAGACUGAAUACCAACCAGGUCAUUGCAAUCCCAUAAAGCCUCCAUCUAUUGGGACACUUACACUAGCGGCUGGAAAUGGGACCAAUGUGGGGACAGUGAUGACCUUGUGGUGCCCUUUGUUGCAUCGUGCCAGCAGUGGUGGCCUGAUUAAAUGUGAGCAGUAUAGUAAUGGCACCCAUUGGACGGGGGGCAUCCCUGAGUGUAAAAAAAUUGAACACCAGGACUUCCAUCUGGCUGUAUUGCUGUCAAUUAUCAGCACAGGCAUCAUCAUAAUAAUGAGCGUAUACUUCAUUACUUCGUGUUUGCUGAACUGUGUGAAGAAAGAGGAAGCGAGACAAUUGGACAGGGCAUUGGAAAGGGAAAAUGCCAGACUUUGGAAACAGUUAAAUGAAGAGGAACAGAGAGAUCAUUUCUAUAAUCAUAAUGGCAGAUUAAUAAACAACAAUAACAACAACAGUAACCAGGAGCAACAUUCAAGGUGUCAUCAGAAAAACUCUUCUGAUUCCCAACCACCCACCACUCACAGCCAGCCCUGGGGCAAAUGCCCCACUCCCCACACUGCAAUCACCAUGAAACCGAACCAUUGCAACAGCAACAGGCACACAGAUUUCUGCUGAUAUUGGACAGACUGGAGGAGACACUUUAAAAAGGGAAAUCCUUACCUGCGUAUCAAAUCUGGGCUGUAACUGAAUUUUAAUAGUUCUUUAACAUUUAAUAAUGAACAAUUAUACAUAAUUUUGCAAAUUGUGCCCAUUAACCCAUAACAGCUAUAGUGUGGUUGGGCAUCAAUGUCAGACAAGAAGGCCUAGCAUGGUGUCAGCAUUCAAGUUGAUUUCAGAGGUGUCUAACUGAAAAGGUACUGGUAUGGGGCUAAUGAUGGUCUCUGAGACUCUUUUUUUCUUCAAAGAAUGUGAAAAAUAGGACUACUAAACAUUUUAUAGCAAACAUGACAUUUAAAACAAAUGUAUCACAUAAUUGAAGUAUGAAAACUGAAAUUUAGGAAAGCAUAGUUUUUCAAUUUUGUAUAAACAGUUUGCUUAAGAUUUACAGCUUUAUAUCACCUGUUGGAAAAAUCAAAUAGCUUGUUAAACAUGCUCACACUUUAACACUUGCCAAAAUGGCUGAUUUUUUUUCAUUUUCUUCUAAUAUAUUGUAUAAAUUGUAUCGAGAAGCAAAAUGAAAUCUUAACAUCA